AUGUCUACCCCGCCCGUGCCCUUUAACCGACUGAAGCAGAUUGCCACAGAUGUGUGCAACAACGCCAUCGGCAGUGCGGAGUUCUACGACCACGCCAAGACUGAGCAAUGGAACUCGACCAUCAUCAGCUCAAUGCUGAAGGCGCUCAUCUCUGAGGCGACUCCCCAGGGCGCCACUUCUCCCUCAUACAAGUUUGCCUGCAACAGUACCAUUGUCCAGCACUUGGUUCCCACAUCCGCCCUGAACAAGUCCCGCGGCGGCACCGACACCAAGACCGAGGAGCCUCAUGUGUCGACGAGCACAGAUGCCACCGCAACGGACGGCAAGCCGCACGUCGGCCGACGAGGAAUGCACAGCGCAACCGGCGCAUACUGGGACGAGAAGAAGGACGGCAUGUGGACUUUCAAGUACGACGGAGGCGAGGGCAAGGGCAUGGACGUGGUCAUCAUGCUGAUCUGGAUCGCCAUCUGA